UUCACCGGAAGUAGACAGUUAUUCCAAACAAAAUACGAAAUUUCUUUGUAAUCUUGUUGUUUUUGUUGUUUAACUGAUCUUAAGUCCUUAAAGCAUCAGGGCCAUGAAAUCGGGCGACUCGGAAGUCAUUCUUGAGAUUGGAGAUCAUUAUCUUGUCCGACGAAAUGACAAAACUUGGCAUGCUGCUGAAAUAAUUCAGACACGUCCUAAAGAAACAUCAGGAAAUGAAUACUAUGUCCAUUAUGAAGGAUUCAAUCGUCGCCUUGAUGAGUGGGUGGAUUUGGACAGAUUUGACCUGUCAAAUAAGAUUGAGGACCAGCAGAGUAAAAUCAAAGACGUUACCGUAAUGAUGACAGAUCUCAGUGACCGCACUGACAGGAAACUUACACGUAACCAGAAACGUAAACACGAUGAAAUAAACCAUGUUCAGAAGACAUAUGCAGAAAUGGAUCCGACUACAGCAGCAUUAGAAAAAGAACAUGAAGCAAUUACAAAAGUGAAGUAUAUAGACAAGAUACAGAUAGGGAAGUAUGAGAUUGACACCUGGUACUUCUCACCAUACCCAGAGGAGUACGGCAAACAACCCAAAUUGUACAUCUGUGAAUAUUGUCUCAAAUACAUGAAACUUGAGAAAACGUUCAGAUAUCAUCAGAGUCAGUGUGUAUACAGGUUUCCUCCAGGCAAGGAGAUAUACAGGAAAGGAACUCUGUCAUUGUUUGAGGUAGACGGCAAGGAUAGUAAGAUAUAUUGCCAGAAUUUGUGUUUACUUGCCAAGUUGUUCCUGGACCACAAGACGCUGUACUUUGAUGUGGAGCCAUUCUUGUUCUAUAUCCUCACAGAAGUUGACAGGCAUGGAUGUCACUUAGUGGGAUAUUUCUCCAAGGAGAAAGAAUCUCCAGAUGGAAAUAAUGUAGCAUGUAUUCUUACCCUACCACCAUUCCAGAGGAAAGGAUAUGGAAAAUUCCUUAUAGCAUUCAGUUAUGAGUUAUCGAAGCUAGAUGGCACAGUUGGUUCACCAGAGAAACCGUUAUCUGAUCUUGGCAAGCUCAGCUACAGAAGUUACUGGUCCUGGGUACUUCUUGAAAUACUCCGUGAUUUUAGAGGAACUCUCUCAAUUAAAGAUCUCAGUGAGAUGACCAGCAUCACACAGAACGAUAUCAUCAGUACAUUACAGUCUCUUAACAUGGUGAAAUACUGGAAGGGUCAGCAUGUGAUCUGUGUCACACCAAAGCUUGUGGAGGAACAUCUGAAAAGCUCACAGUAUAAGCGUCCCGUACUGACUGUAGAUACUGUCUGUCUGAGAUGGGAGCCACCACGCAAACAACAGAAACUGAAGAAAGUUUAAAUAUGCAAGCUCACAAAUGUAAUAUGACCAUUUGCUGGAAAAUCUGAUGCUUGUGGAAGGAAAACGAGGACCAUUCAAAUAAAGUGUCAGCACUUUGACUAUGUGUUCUAUGCAGACUUCCAUUUUAUGACAAAAUGAAAGAAAUGUCAGCAGAAAGGAAGAAUCUUUGUUGAUAAGAAUAACAGUCUGUCUAGAUAGCUUGUGUCUGUCAAGGCUCGUCUUGUAUUUUUUCAUUGACAUAGAGAAAAUUUCUAGAGUAAUAAGGGAAAAUAAGUCCUUACACUUCAUACUUUUUUUUCAAACUAUAAUUGAUAUGAACUGUAGUUGUUCAUAUGACAAUCUACAAAAUCAUAUCUUGUUUGAAAUGAUAUGCAUUAUGUAAUAGCUUUCAAGAAAAAUUAAGUACUGCAAAUAUAUACUGUAAAAUCAUUUAAUUUCGUGGGCAGGAAAUUUCGUGGUUUUGGUCAAAAUGGCAAUUUCGUGGGGAUAUGAAUUUGUGGAUUUCAACUUUUGAACAUAAAAUGAAUGGGAAUUUUACUUCUUUGUUGGGAUUAAACUUUGUAUAUUGACUCUACCAUGAAAUCCAUGAAAAUUAGUCCACCCACGAAUAUUAAUGAUUUCACAGUAUUUAACACUUGGUUUACUUUGUAACUUGGUGGAGAAGUCUUUAUAUCCUGGGCAAUAAUUACUGUUUCCACAUGAAAAAUACUAUAUGUGGUAGACUUAGUAACUUUAAAAAAAGUAUACUAUAUUGAAAAUGAAACAAGUAUUUGACAUUAAUAAUAAUAGCAAUAACGAUAAAAAGAGUGUUUCCAAUUUGUGCUGGAGGAGGUCUGUUCUAUAUUGACACAACAAGUGUUCAAAAGCAAACUGUUGUUCUUUACUCACAGUCAGUUAGAAUAGUUUUCAGUCAUGGAUAUCUGAGGCUAAUAUCAUGAAAUAAAGAAGCAGAUUUGAUUGAAAAUAAUGAUAGAUGAAAAUAAAAAAAAAAGAAAUGUUGUCUUAGAAGGAAAAUGGACGCCAGUGUUCAGAUAUUUUGGAAGUUGAUAACAGGUUGUAAAAUAUCUUGCUUUAUUACAUUGAUGUGUAGGUUGAUAGACUUGUGACAGGAAACAUUAGAAUCCUUGUUACAAUGUAACCUCAGUGUCCAACAAAUUAAUAAUCUUGCUGGUAGCCCAGCAUUUUUUUGUCGUUGCCCAGAAAAUUAAACCCCGAACAUAUAAACUUGCUCUAUCCGAACCCAACUUACUGAAAUGUGAGAAUCAAAGGGGUAUGCAACAAUGUUUGGUUAAUAAAUUUAAAAACAUCAAAAUAAACCUGUGUGUUUGUUUCAGUUCCGCGGACACAUUCAUAUCGUAUUAGUGUGCAUAUAUGUUUGAAUGACAAUAAAUGUUUAUUUUAAUGUUAAUACAAUGUAUUGUCCAAAUAUUGUUACAGACCCCUUUGGUUAACAAUGAUGGAAAACAGAAAAAAUGGUCAAUAUUUCAUUCUCUUUAUUCAUAGAAAUUUUGACAGGUACCUUAGUCUUGAUUGACUCUUGUUAAAUUUAGUGUUAUUUCUAGAGUUCAAAAAGCAUUUCUAGAUGUUUAUAGUUAAGUAUUCAUCACAUGUAUGAUUAUUGCAUCAGUUACUUUAUAUCACAGAAUAAAGUGGUAAAUGAUAUCUUCCCAAAACCAUUACUAGAGUUUACAAAGGUUUUUUUUUUUUUCAUUACAUUAUAUUUUUGUCAAAGCAUUCAAGUCUUUUGCUUAAAAAAUGUCACCAAGGAUGUCAACUUAUUCAUAUAAAUAUGAAAUUGUGGAAGGCCUUUUAGUUUGAAACCAGGAUCAUACAACAUAAUAAAAUGGUCUGUUUCAGGUCACAUUGAACACUAAUAUUUAUCAAAACUCAUGUUAUAUUGAUUAGGUCUUUCAUAAAUAUUUCAUAAACAAGAACGUGCUGAAACAGUCUGUAAAAAAAUAUAUAUCCAAAAUAUACUAUCCGGGUUCUGGUACACUUUCGGAAUGUUGUGUUAAAGUGGUUUUUGCUCAGAUUACUUGACUCACUAAGGUAAACCAGAGAUAGUUUCUCAAAUUUUGAUGUUAAUUAUCAUAAAAAAUUACACUGAUAGCUUUUUAGAAGGAAUUAAUUUGGAAAAUUUGCAUAUGGCAGGGUGUUAUUAGAAUUGUGAACAGACAUUCUAAACUCAUGUUAGCUUUCGAAAUUAAUUAAAAAUUGUGGAUUUUCUAGUUGAAAUUACGGUAGGACCAGACUACUUAGUUAUAUACUUAUUAUAGUAAACAAUGGUGUAAUUUAAAGGUUGCAUGAAGAAAUCUUACAUGGCACUUUUCACAUGCUAGGUGAUCAGCUGGCCGCUUACAGAUAAUUCAUUAAUUGGCGUGUUUUUGUCGUGGUUUUCCUCUUUUUUUUAUGGAUUAAUACUCUAUAUCAAUUAAUAUUAACACUUUAAUGAUUCUCAUUACCUCUGCACUCGCUGUGACGUAAUCUGUUGAUAAAAAUCGGUGAGAAGGCAGAGAAUGUUUCUGCAGCUACCGUUGAAAUUAUCGAUAAUGGGCGGGAUUAAAUAUAAACUAGUUUAAACCAUUUACGACUGGAUAAUCAUUACACAUGGUCAUCUGUUGUUUAUUGCAAGCUAAAAUCGAGUAAACGACCGGAUAUGAUUUUGUAAAUAAUACAACGACUGGGCUACUGAUGCUUUAGAUUUAUGGUUGCCCAGCGGGCUUACUUCCGGAUUUUUUUGGUAGCCCGACGAAAAUUUCUGGUAGCCCGCGGGCUCCGGGCAAUUGAUUUGUUGGACACUGAACCUAAGUAAUUUCAGAAUUACCAGAUAUAAUAGACAGGUUUUUGCCAUUUUGUGUGAAAAACACAUAAAAUUGUUAUUUGCAUGCUGUUAUUAAUUUUUGAAAUUUCUUCAACUGGGGUGCCAUUUUCAAAUGUAAAUCCUAAUACUCUUUUUUUUUUUGUUAGUUCUUAUGUUUUUGUGUUGUUGUUUUUUUAUUGAGUUCUUUUUAACAUAGAAUCAAACAGAGACAUUAUCACCAGGAUUCAUAUCAACAUGGUUACUCCUUACCAAUUUGUGUUCAGAAUAGUUUCUGUUUGUAGAAAACUUUAUGUUGUAUUGCCUGUCAUCAAAUAUAGCCAAUUUCAUUUGUAAUUAUUUUAUUCAAAUUCAUCACUGGUGAAAAUCUUUAAAAUAUUUAAAGUUUGUUGUUGUUUAGGGGCAACCUUUCAGAUCUUGUUUCAGAAUUCUAGAAAUUUUAUAUUUGUUACAUAUUUAUUUGAUUACAGGAAAUAUUGACCAAUAAUACUUUAUAUUAGACAAUUAUUGACUUCUGAGCCAUUAAAUAUUAAUAUUUGCCAGAAGAGGGAUAUACUGACCAGGGCAAUACCCAAAAUCAGUAUUGCCUACUUCUAAUAAAUAUCACAUAUGCAGUAGCUCAAGAGAUUGUCUUCUUCCUUUUCUGUGGCAGGAGAACUUACCAGUAUUUCCUAGCUUUAGACAGAAAAACACAGCUGAAAACACAGAAAAAUUGAAUAUGAUAUAUAUUCAGUGUGAAAGGUAGCAGUUUCCAUCAAUGGGAAAUGAGUUUAUUUGUAGAUAAUAUAAAAACAGUUGCAAUCUUAUUAAAUGAAACUUUGAUAUUCAUGUUGGAGCAUGUCCCUUUAAAAAGCAUAAUUUGUGUAGACGUUUUGUAAACUUUAGUAAAUCUCAUUGUUUAUAUUAUUUCUGUAACAUUUAAAAAAAAAAUCUUGUUUUGUUCUCUUGUUUCUUAUCAGUGUUUCAACUUGAUAACAAAAUACUACACUUUUGUAUGUGUUCAUAAACUGCCGAGACCAAAUUCAUUGCCAGCCCAUUGUUAUAGAACAUAGAAGAAAAAUUCAAAUUGAGACCUGGAAAAGUGCUGUAGACUGUUCUUUUACUCUUCAUGGUACUUGAAAUUGCAAGUUAAAGUUGUCAAGAGUAUGCAUUUAAAUUUUUGCAGUUCACAGACUUGUUUGUGUUGUAAAAAAAUCUGCUAAGAUAUGCAGUGUUUAUGCUGUAUCAGCUGGCUGGAACAUAAUUCAUGGCAUAUUGUCAAUUUCAGCAUGGAGGUAAUAUAGAGACCAUCUCUAUAUUACCUCCAUGAUUUCAGCAAGAAAACAGCAGUGGUCUUGACAAAAAAAAAACAGGAUAAUAAAUUUCUAUUAUUGAAGCAGUAUACAUAUUACUUCAGUUUUACAUUUGUCUUAUAUUGAUGAAGAAACAAGUUCUGUUAACUUACAUUAUGUUUAUGGAGACAAAUAUUCACCUCUGUGUAGUGUCACUGUGUCAGUCACUGCCAUGACUUUUCAUUAGCAUAAUAAGAUAACUGAAGUGUGAUGAAUAAGUGUCUUUAUAGAUGGUAUUGCAGCUGUUGGUGACAGUGCAGCCUGCUUUCAUUAGUGUUCCAAGUCACAGAAACACUUUGGAUAUGAAGAAUUUCGUUCUGUUUCAGUUUGAAGUGUAAUGAAACUUUAAAAGUGACAAAAUUAAUGAAAACAGUCAGAUUUAUGAAAGAAAUGUAUGUUGAUCUGCACCUUCCCCGGAUCUGUCACUGGGGAGAUAUGUCGUAUUUUGUAUAUUUUGGAUUGGUUUAAUCGAUGUUAGUUUAAACUUCUUGCAUCCUCUGAUUGUUGUUUUGGUUUGAAAGAAUGUUAGCCAAUGCAGAUACAUGUUUUUGUAUAUUAUUUUUCCUGUUUGAAACUUAUCUUUUCUAAAUAAGAACAAAAGUUUUGUUUAAAUGUUUACACUUUCUAUCACUCUGUUUAACAUUGCCAAACUGGAAUUAAAAAUGAAAAUCUUU